AUACACAAACAACGCCUUCAAAAUUGUAAGCAAGGAUGUUACCAGGUGCUUUAGAUCUAAAUGGCGACAUCACUCGGGAAACGCAGGCAAAGAGACGAAGACGCAGAUCCAUCAUCACAAUCACACGGAUCCACACUAUUCGUAUCCAACCUCCCCUAUGAUGUAACAUCCACAGACCUACAAACAACAUUUUCGGAUCUAGCACCCGUGCGCUACGCCUUUGUUGUAUCCAAGGACGGAUCUGGGGAAUCCAAAGGUUUUGGUUAUGUGUCUUUUUCUAUUCGGGAGGAUGCGCAGACUGCUUUCGAUACCGUGUCGGCUGAUGGGAUCGAGAUUAAUGGGAGGAAGCUGAGAGUUAAAUGGGCAGAUAAGAAGGUGGACAAAGGGAAGUUUGAAGGCUCCAAGGAGCGCGGUGGCAAGGAGAAGAAGCAGGAGGUGAAAAAGCCUGAUGUGAAAAAGCACGAGGUGAAAAAACAGGAGGUAAAAAAGCAGGAGGUAAAAAAGCAGGAGGUCAAAAAGCAAGAGGUAAAAAAGCAGGAGGAAAAGGCGAAGAUUGAAGAGGUCAAUGAGAGUGAUGCCGAAGUAGAUGAUGUCGAAGAGGGUGAUGACAAGAUGGUUGGCGUUGAAGAUAGUGAAGCUGAGCUGAGUGGUGCUGAGGACGAGGAGGAGCAGUUGGGUCUUCACGAAGACGAGGACGGCGAUGAGGACGAGGACGAAGAUCUCGAAGACAACGACGAGAAAGAAGCCAUGAGCGUUGAUCAUAAAGAUCAUCAACGUCCCAUGAAACCUCAACUACCUCAAACAGACACAGGUACUACACUCUUCAUUCGCAAUAUCCCUUUUAUUGCUACAGAAGACGAACUACGGACGCUAUUCCGCACAUUUGGGGCUCUACGGUAUGCCCGAAUCACCGUCGAACCAGGAACCGAACGUUCGCGCGGCACCGGUUUCGUUUGCUUUUGGAAGAAAGAGGACGCCGACAAGGUGAUCGAGCAAAGCGAAAUUUUGCGCGCCGAAACCAUGGGCAUGCAACAACCAACGAAAAACCCAUUUACCCUACCAUCAAUCCUAACACCUGACCCAUCUGCAGGCGUAGCCAGAAGUCUUGUUCUUCAUGGUCGCACUUUGGACGUCGUAAGAGCUGUCACACGGGAUCAAGCAGGUAAGCUGAAGGAUGAAGGCGAGAAACGGCGAGAAAAGGCAGACAAGAGAAAUCUUUACUUGUUGCGAGAGGGAGUCAUCUUGCCCAAUACGCCAGCGGCCAGCACUAUACCACCUAUUGAACUGGAGAAGCGGACUAAUUCGUUCACCGCCCGCCGCACGAUGCUGCGGACAAAUCCUUCCUUAUACGUAUCGAAGACCCGACUCAGCGUUCGCCAGAUACCACUAUUCGUUACCGAGCGGACUCUCAAACGCCUCGCCCUCCACGCCCUUCGUACAUUCAAAGACGAAGUCCGAAAGAAAGAACGCGACAAUUUGACUCCCGAGGAGCUAGAAGAGCCUGCCAAGGAAUCUGACGAACCAGGCGACUCCAGCACAAAAUCGAAAGCCGGGCAACGAUCGCAGGGAAGCAAGUCCAGAGGCGUCAAGCAAGCCAAACUCGUGCGUCAACAUGAGAGGGUAGAUCCUGUCACAGGAAAAGGCCGCAGCAAAGGUUACGGAUUCAUCGAGAUGCCGCGGCAUGCGGAUGCGCUACGCGUGCUUCGGUGGGCCAAUAACAACCCUGCUGUUACUUCACUUCUGAGCACCUGGUGGAAAGAAGAGCUUGGAGACCUCCUCAAGCUUGAGAAGGGAAAGGGGGAUCCUGAUGAGGCUAGGCUGAAGCGGAUAAAAGAUGAACUAGAAGGCCAGGUAAAAGUACCCAAGGGUACGCUUAUUGUGGAAUUCUCCAUAGAAAACGUGCAGGUCGUCCAGCGAAGAGCGAACCUGAACAAGGAAAAACCGACAGUACCAACACGAGUCACAAAAAGCCAAGGUGAAACAUCUCAAGAACCACCUAUGAAGAAACGUCGUGUUACGACUGAUGAAGCACCAGCGAAGCCUGUGAAGGAAGAACAUGCCACUAGUGGUCAGCGCAUCGGCGCAGUUAUUGGUAGAAAGAGAAAGGAGCGCAAAGCUGGCAAGAAGGGCGGAAAGUAACCCUCGAGUGCUGUUUUGAUGUGUUGUUUGCCUUUCCUCGUAUCAUACCCUGCUCAAAAUGACCACAGUGUCAAAUAUAUUGACUGUCAUAUGUUAUAUUGGGUCACCUGCUGGAAGAGACUGGCUGUGUUUUGACGCGAGCUCAGCUGCCUGA